GGUCCUUCCACCUCGUCUGCUCAUAACGCACGGAGGUCGUGAGCCGCUGCAGCUGCUCCCACCGAACGACCCACCUUGCCGGUUCACCGCCCCUUGGACACUCACUGGCGUCUCCUUUAUACACUCUUCGAGCGUCCUCUUCAUGCGCCCAUUGUCAUGAACGUCUCUUCUUACGCCGCACAACCGUGUUGGUGGUCAUCCCUGCUUGCCUUGGUUACCCUGACUCUGAGUGCUGUUCCGCAAGAACCUUCUAAGUUAUCCACGAGGCAUUCAAACUACACCUUAGACAUCAACAGGAUUCGUAACCUGACGUGGGAACGUUAUCUUCUGCUGCUAUCUACUCCACAAGUUCCUGAGCGGUACCUUUCCGAAACUGCUCAUACAGUAUUUUCAGUAUUUCAGAAAUGGGGCGAAGCUGUCCGCAAGUACACCGUGAGGAACUGUGGCUCCCACCAUGAUCCAGUUCGAUACGACCAACUUCUUAUUCGACCUGAUCCACUGGCCUUCCCUGGUAAUGUCUACGUGGAUUCUGCUAUUGAAGUCCUCAGGGACAUUGAAGCACCAAUCAGAGUCGAGAUAACGAUGAAAAAGAAAGUGGUGUUAUGGAUCUCAGUUCCCUGCGUCAAUGAUUUUGGAUCUUGCGAUUAUGACAACAUAUGUUCCGUAGAAGACUGCCCUCUGUUCUACGCUUUCCUCGGUCUGCCUUGCGGAUGUCCCAUCAAAAAAGGCAACUAUACCGUGGUGAACAAGGAGUUCGUUGUUCAGCCUCUGUCCUUGCCUGUCUGGCUGACAUCGGGGGAUUAUCAGGUCACUGUCAAGGGAAAACAGCCCAGCGAGCAGCUCUUCUGCGUUCAUUUCACGCUGUCCGUCAAAUGAAGAGGUUUUGAAGUAUUCAGCUCCCAGACCUCUCCAGGUGAUAUCGGCAUUAUCCAUGCAGGACUUUCAGCCAAUCAGUGGACAAAAAAAUGUACGGAUACAUGAUGCAUGUCUUCGUCAUGAGAAUGAAAUUUAGAAGCGAAGAAGAAACGUAGAAGGAGUUCACAAUUAUUUGGAAUAACGUCAUGUUUGAACAUGGCACUGCUUCAAUCCGCAUAGGAAAUUUGAACACGUGGUAUGCGUAAAGAAAAUACAAACCUUACGCGUUUCCAUUGCAUGUUCCUCGAUGAAGGCUACUUUCGUGCAAUAAAACCAACAGCAACGCGU